AAGUAGUUAGCUAACUAUAGAUUACCAUGCUAGCUUUAGACUAAUCAAAUCGACAUUUAAACUUAAUAAUGUAUCUCUCUUGUUAAUUUCUCUGAACAUUUUAGUUGAAUUUAAAUAUCUGGUUUAAACUAUGAAUGAUAAUUGGGUUUCAGGAAUGUAUGCCAUUAUUAAACGCCUGUUUAAACAGUUAAAACAAGGUCACCAGAUUGUGUCACGACAGCCUUCGCUUAAAGAAUAUUUGCCACCAAGCGAUGAGCAUACUUUAGAGAUACAAGGCUCUGUUACUAAUUGUGCUGUUGUGAUGAUUGAGGAACAGGAGGAUAGCAUGUUUAAUGACCAACAUUUCUACUGUGAGAUGUGUCACCAGCACUUCAUAGACCAAUGUGAGGUUCAUGGUCCACCAUUAUUUACAUGUGACUCACCAGCAGCUAUUGGCAUUCCUCAGAGAGCUCUGCUAACACUGCCACAAGGCUUGGUUAUAGGUCGAUCAAGCAUCUCUAAUGCAGGACUUGGGGUUUUCAACCAAGGCCAGACUGUGCCAUUGGGGAUGCAUUUUGGACCUUUUGAUGGAGAGGUAACCUGUGAGGAGAAGGCAUUGGAUAGUGCCUAUUCUUGGGUAAUUUACAGAGGCAAUAAUCAAUAUAGUUACAUAGAUGCAGAGAGGGACACUCACUCUAACUGGAUGAAGUUUGUGGUGUGUUCAAGGAAUGAGACGGAACAGAAUCUUGUUGCAUUCCAGCAAAAUGGACGUAUUCUGUUCCGUUGUUGUCGCCCUAUUAGCCCUGGGCAGGAAUUUAGAGUUUGGUAUGCUGAGGAAUAUGCUCAAGGACUUGGGACCAUCUGGGAUAAAAUCUGGAAUAAGAAAUGCAUUUCUCUAGGUACAACUGAAGAACUGGCAACUCAGGACUGCCCAUGUCCUCAUUGCCAUUACUCCUUCCCAACUAUUUUUUAUCUGCGUGUUCAUGUGAAGCGCUCACAUCCCGAUCAGUAUGCGCACUUCAUGCAGACACAGCCGCUGGAGUCCGAAGACCACUCAACAGUUAUAGACGUAGACCAGUGCCUUCUGGACUCUGAUGCAGCUCCUCCAACCCAUACGCAGCCAAUGACAGAAAGCUGUCAGAGUCAAAUUUCAAACCUAAAUGGACAACCCAUGAAUCACUCAAAAAAGUCAGACUGCACUGAUUUGUCUGAAACAUGCAGUAAUGGUUUGAGUGACCAGGCAAACUGUGCUGCUGAGAUCUCAGAUGAAAUAAAUAAAUGUGAUGAGUGUGGCCGGAACUUUUUGAGAUCUUGUCAUCUGAAGAGACAUCAGCGCACUAUUCACUCUAAAGAGAAGCCUUAUUGCUGCAGCCGUUGUAGGAAGUGUUUUAGUCAAGCAACAGGUCUGAAAAGACACCAACAAACCCACCAGGGAGAAGAAAAGAAAGACAAAGAUGCAGACAGAUCUUCUGACAUAUAUCCUUGCACUAAGUGCUCCUUCUCUUUUGUGGCCAAAUUCAAUUUAUAUCAACAUCUCAAACGCCAUCACCAUGGAGAGUACCUCAAAUUAGUUGAGAGCGGCUCGCUCACAGCAGGGACUGAGGGUGAUACAGAGAUGAAUUCUGACAAGCAUGACCCAACCUAUGAACCUCCCACUCGAUUGAGGAGGUCUCCAAAGAACCCUCUGAGAGGCAGGAGUCGCCCUAAAAAAGUGCCUGUUGGCCGAUCACGGGGCCGACCACCUAAAAACAAGCAAGCAGCUGAGGUUGAAGUGCAGAAGAGUUUACCUAUCUGUACUGAGUGUGAGCAAAGUUUCUCUGAUUUGGAGACAUUGAAAACUCACCAAUGUGCAGGACAAGAUAAUAAUAAGAUGGAGGAACCACAGGAAACGCCAGCUUCCCAGCAUGUCUGCGGUGAAUGCCUGAGAGCUUUCAGUAAUUUUGAUCUUCUCAAAGCCCAUGAGUGCAUUCAGCAGGGAGAUGGAUCUUACUGUUGCUCCCACUGCAACCUUUACUUCAACCGUAUGUGUAACCUUCGUCGCCAUGAGCGCACUAUCCACUCCAAGGAGAAGCCCUACUGUUGCACGGUGUGCCUCAAGUCCUUCACCCAGUCUUCUGGCUUAAAGCGCCACCAGCAGAGUCAUUCACGCCGCAAAACCCACCGCCAGAGCUCAGCCCUGGUUAAUGCCAACAUCUUUCCCUGCACAUACUGCCCCUUCUCCUUCACUGAUGAGCGAUAUCUUUACAAACACAUCCGCCGUCACCACCCAGAAAUGAGUGUAAAAUAUCUGAGUUUCCAAGAAGGGGGUGUUUUGUCUGUUGAAAAGCCUCACAGCUGCAGCCAGUGCUGCAAGAGCUUUAGCACAAUCAAGGGCUUCAAGAAUCACAGCUGCUUCAAGCAGGGAGAGAAGGUGUAUCUGUGCACAGAUUGUGGUAAGGCCUUCAGCUGGUUUAAUAGCCUCAAGCAACACCAGCGCAUCCACACAGGAGAAAAACCUUACACAUGUCAGCAGUGUGGAAAGAGUUUUGUCCACUCUGGGCAACUGAACGUGCACCUCCGCACACACACAGGUGAAAAACCAUUCUUGUGUUCACAGUGCGGCGAAAGCUUCAGGCAGUCAGGAGAUUUGAGGAGGCAUGAACAGAAGCAUUCAGGCGUUCGACCAUGCCAGUGCCCUGAUUGUGGAAAAAGCUUUAGUCGGCCACAAAGUCUCAAAGCCCACCAACAGCUUCAUAAUGGCACCAAACUUUUCCCCUGCACUCAAUGUGGAAAAAGCUUUACUCGUAGAUACCAUCUCACCCGGCAUCAUCAAAAAAUGCACUCCUGACUAAACUACUAACAAUAAGAUGAUUAUUGUGGAUGUCAUGAAAAGUUUGUUGUUCCUGCUUUAAGAACAUCUGUAGUUAUUUUAAGACAAAGUUAUCUAACCAAUGAAAAGAUCCUGGUCUUGUCAAAACUUUUAGACAAAGCUGAACUAGGCAUUUUUGAGUAUAACACAACUGGGCACACAAUUGCUAGGUGUAGUUAGUCCCCAAACACAGCGUUACUGAAACAAAUGUGCAAAAGUCAAAACUAUAUUUUAUUAAUGACAAAAUGUGUAAUUGCUGAACAAUAUGUUCCUAUGAUCAUAGUAAAAUAAUUUUGUAAAUGUAUGCGUUGCAAGAUGUUUUCUUUUAGUUAAGAAACUUGGAAGAUGGGAAAAUGAGGGAUUUUGUUAUUCCAAUUACAGUAUAUUCAUAGACAGAAGAAAUAUUACAUACUUAGAUGCAUAAAUGUAUUUUUUUUUUAAAUGCUCCAUGUCAAUCCAUACAACAGAAAAUGCAUAAGAUCAUCUGUUGUGCUUCUGUUAAUAUUUUGUUUUUUAGCUGAUUUUAGGUGCAUUGAGUAUAGUUUAUUUCCAUAGUGGGUAUCAAAUAAUAACCUUGCACAGAUAACUGAUUUUCACCAUGGCGUACUGUGAUUAUGUUUUUCAUUAAUCUAGUUUGCCUCUGUUACAUUUUAUUUGAGUUUUGCUUUGGUUACAAAUGGGCCUCCUAAAAGAAAAAUAUUGUGAUGCUCAUUUGUACGCUGUGACUGUGUUUGUCGUCAUGUAUCUUAGCCACACUAUCCUGUAUAAAAUACAAUGUAAUUAUUGUCUAUAUUAAAUUCAAUGUUGUAAUGAUGUGUGCAAACAGGUAGAGAAACAAACCCUCCACCUCUGACCUCAAGAAAAAAGUUACCUUAACUAAUGUAAAGAGCUGGUUUAUUAGAAUUAUUAUGAAAUUAUUAAAAAAAAAAAAAGGCAAAAUAGCUUGAUGCCUACAGGUUGAGAUCCUUCUAUCUCUCUUAUAAUAUUAGAAAUUCUGUAAAGUGCAUAUGUUUACAUUCUAAAUUUAAUAUAGAUAUUUUAAUUAUGAUCAUAUAAUAUUACAAGUGCAACACCUUGUACAAUAAUUCUAAAGUGUCUGACAGACUGCACUUUUGUCAAUUUACUGUUGAGAGGACAUUCCAAAACAUGAGUCUACUGUUUUCUAACAAAUGCUUUUAAAGAUACCAUAAUAAUCACA